AUGGAGAUACAAAAUAGCAAAGCAAAAAGAGCACAGGAGUUGAUUGAUAACUGGAAAAAGAUUAAGCAUUCUCCGGAAGUUAUAAAGUUCUGGAAUGAUUAUAGAACCCAGAAUUUACAGCAAGAUCUCCAGUAUAUCAAAGCACAAAAUGAAUUAAAAACUUUACGCAUCGAAACUGAAGAUAAUGACUAUGGAGCUCAAAAUAUCAAAUGCAGAACCAAAAAUGGAAGGAUAAUCCCAAAUUAUCGUGAACUUUCUGGUUUAUCUGAAAGGAAAAAUGAAAGUUCCAAUAAUAAUAAACAACCAAACAUUAAAGAAAAAACAUCCACAAUCCGUCCAACCAAAAAGAUGAAAUCAAGUGACCAAACUGAAUCUGAAAAUGAUCCAAUCCUUGAUGUGGAGUGUGAAGAUAUUGAAGCCUUUUUUAAUGAUGAUUACACUGAUGACCAAUCCAUUGAUGAUGAAUCUACUGAUGACGAAUUUACUGAUGACGAAUAUACUGAUGAUAAGUUAAAUAUGUCAUCUGUUGAGGAAAUUGAAAAAGUUAUUUACGAUUUUGCUAAAAACCUGAAUAGGGAAUCAUAUCUUCAUUCUUUCAUAAUAAAUGAUGCAGAUGUUGAUACAAAAAAUUUAUUUACACCAGAUGAAUGGAAAGAAAUCAAAAAUUUUGAAUCAGUAGAAAGACCAAAACUUGACCCUCGUCACAAAAAGUUAUUAAUAAAAUAUACUGUAAAUGAUAUUAAAAAAUUGCAAUCACUUCUCUUUGAGCCACUUAUAUCUGAUGGUGAAGAAUACAAUCGAAGCAUUCAUUUCUGUCUUGAUUCUAUUAACAAUGGGUAUCGUGGAAUUUUGCGUUUAUGGGAAAUGGAUGAAGAUUCUUUAAAGCUAGAAGGGUGGUUCGAAAUGAAUGUCUGGAGCCGAAUUAUAGAUUCGAUAUUUGAUGAUUUAAAUAUUGACUUAAUUCACGGAAAGAUAAAUGGUACGAAAUAUAUGACUGAUUCACUUAAAAUAUCAAAGAUGUUAAAGGAUAUGCUUGACAAAUUGAUUACUGAAUGCAAAAUGAAAGAAGAACUAGUAAAAAAAUUGAAAGUAAUAGGAAUACUUCAUGGUGCAAAUAGAUUACAAGUUUUAACUGUAGAUCAUCCUUUUGGAUAUAUCACUCAGGUUAAUCGUAAUAACAUUCAAGAAGUUUCUGGCCAGUUGACAAAUUCAAAACCUCUUGCACUGGUCUAA